CCGGCCUCACUCGUUGUCACCAUAGAGAUUGCCCAUCCAGGCAGCGAAGCGGCAGGGCCAGGCAGCUCAGAUCUCGAACUCCAGAGAGCUGAACAGUCAUCUAGACAUCAAUGCCUUUCCCGGGGCCUGGUGAACAUCUCACUCCCCAACCCACUGGCUCGAGUGGGGCGCAAGAUGUGGUGGACAAGUCAGCUCAGGCCCGGUCAUUAAGUGUCCCCAACAACCCUCCUGGAGGGAACUGAGGACGAAGCACCAGUUGUGAUAACGGCACGCUUCAUUUAUCUUUAUCUCGACAUGUUUUAUUUGGUAUUUAAUUCUUCCAUUAGCCUUGCGAAACAGACAAAGGCAAGGAUCAUUCUACCCACGGGACAGACUGGGGAAGAGGCCCAGGGUCCAUCAAGUAAACCCUCUGCCGCCAGGCUGCUGGAACUGGAGCUGGCCCACCCUAUUGGCAGACUGCUGUUACCUAACUGCCAACUAAAGCUUGCCAUGACUUUGCUUUGAGGCUAUGGCCUGUUAGAACAAAAGAUGCAUCAAUCAGGACAACCAAAGGAAGUAGGACAGAGGCUGCGUGCUCCACCACUGAAUCAAGAAGGGAAAACAAACAAUAAUACCAAAUUGGAGAGCUGCACCGUUUGAACCUUUGACCUUAAACAAAAUUCAGAAAUAUCAUGAAGCAAACUAUUCAAUCUUAGAGCACUGAUUCUCUGAUUUAAGGAAUUCUCCUGAAUCACAGCUUAUGAACCAAAAAGCAGAAGAUGCUUGAAUUUCAUCAACUGCACGUCUCAAAUUUAUUGAACUUUCAAGGCUUCAUUUGCAAUCACAUAAAGUAACCAAUGAUUUCUUGUGCGUUUAGCAACUUAACAUUACUUGGCCCAGUGAGAAGCUCUGUGGCUAAGAAAUCCUUUAUUUUGAUGAAUUCAUUUCAUUGGAAUUGAGUGUUGACUGCAGCUAUGUUCUGUUAGGAACUGCGAAGAUAUACAAGAAAUGAGAUGUGACUCCUGUCUUAAUAGCCUGUGGUUUUGUAAUGUUAGGUCAACAACACAUGAAACAACUAGGAAACACUUUAAAGCAAGAUAUAACAAUGGGCCAACCCUAUUGUACAAUUAAUUUCUCCAAAAUAUAAUAAUACUUCAUAUUUGCAGAACAUUUCAUAGUUUCCAGAGCACUUCUUCCCUUGUAUUAAUUGGGGGAUAUUUUGUUAUGGCUGGAAUUAACAUGUAUGUCUUUAUCAUAGAGCUAGAACUAAUGCUGGGUCCUAGCAUAUGAGCAGGGACAGGAAAGGUGGAACAGAAUCCAGGGAGAGAAAGUAGUCUGAGCAGAGGCCAAGGCAAGAAUGAGCACUGAGUAUCUGGAGAAUAACAUGGAGACAAAUGAUGGAAAGUAACGUGUAGACAAGCUGGUCAGAACUGGCUCUGAGACCUUAAUAUUUUGGAGGAAAGUGGUCGAAAGUUCAGAGUUUGAGACUGGAAAAGUUAACUUCCUUACACUUCUAAUGAUCAUACUGGCUUCAGUUAAGCUAUAAAUUAAAAAUGGGCGUGGCUCGACAGAACUUGAGUCCUGUCCUCUCGCUUUUCUCCUUAGGCAGCAUGAGCUUCACCAUUUGCUUUACCACCUCCACCAACUACCAGUCCCUGCACUCCAUCCAGCCACACAGCCACAGCGUCCAGUCCAUCAGCAGUGCAGCCAAAGUCUAUGCAGUCCUCAGGGGCUUGGGCUCCUGGAUCUCAGUGUCCUUCUCCACCAGCUUCUGGGGAGGCUGGGGGUCUGGAGGCCUGGCUGCAGGGAUGCCAUUGGUCUGGAAGGAAUGGGGGACAUCCAGAAUGAGAAGGAUACCAUGCAAGGCCUGAAUGAUUGCCUGGCUUUCCUACCUGGACAGAGUGAGGACUCUGGUGACUGAGAGUCAGAGGCUGGUGAGCAAAAUCUGAGAGCACCUGGAGAAGAAGAGACCCCAGGUCAGAGCCUGGGGGCAUUAGUUCAUGACCAUCAAGGACUUGAGGGCUCAUAUCUUUGCAAAUUCUGUGGACAAUGCUUGUGUUGUUCUACAGAUUGACAAUGCCCAUCUUGCUGCCGAUGACUUUAGAGUCAAGUAUAAGACGGAGCUGGCCAUGUGCCAGUCUGUGGAGAGCAACGUCCAUGGGCUCCACAAGGUCACUGAUGACACCAAUGUCACUCUGUUACAGCUGGAGACAGAGAUGGAGGCUCUCAAGGAGGAGCUGCUCUUCAUGAAGAAGAACCAAAAGAAGGAAGUACAAGGUCUACAAGCCUUGAUUGCCAGCUCUGAGUUGACCAUGGAGGUAAAUGCCCCGAAAUCUCAGGACCUCAGCAAGAUCAUGGCAGACCUCCCGGCCCAGUAUGAUGAGCUGGCUCAGAAGAACUGAGAAGAGCUGGACAAGUACUGGUCCCAGAAGACUGAGGAGCACACCACAGUGGUCACCACGCAGUCCACCAAAAUAGGAGCUGCUGAGACGACAUUCAUGGAGCUGAGAUGUAUAGUUCAGUCCUUAGAGAUCAACCUAGACUCAAUGAGAAAUCUGAAGGCCAGCUUGGAGAACAGCCUGAGGGGGGUGGAGGCCCGCUAUGCCAUGCAAAUGGAGCAGCUCAGUGGGGCCCUGCUGCACCUGGAUUCAGAGCUGGCACAGGCCCAGGCAGAGGGGCAGCGCCAGGCCCAGAAGUAUGAGGCCCUGCUGAACAUCAAGGUCGAGCGGGAGGCUGAGAUUGCCACCUACUGCCGCCUGCUGGAAGAUGGGGAGGACUUCAAUUGUGGUGAUGCCCUGGACAACAGCAACUCUAUGCAAACCGUCCAAAAGACUGUCCAGGAUAGUGAAGGACAAAGUGGUGUCUGAGAUCAACAACACCAAAGUUCUGAGGCACUGAGCCAGCAGAAGCAGGGUACCCUCUGGGGAACAGGAAGCCAAUAAAAAGUUCAGAAGUCA